AUGCGUCUCACCGCUGCAGCUCUCCCUGCGCUCCUGCCUCUGGCGUCGGCCUUCAUCCUCCCUGGCCCCGAGGACGCAUUCAACCUCGCCUCCGACUUCCUCGGCCACAACGAGGUCCCCGACACGGUCCUCUCGCCCGCUAGCGAUGUCACUCUCUCGUCGAUCGGCUCCGAGGAGUUCUUCACCAUCACCCACGCCGACCAUCCCAACCACAAGGUGCGCAUCAAGCAGACGGACGGAUGGUGCGACCCCGACGUGCGCUCGUGGACGGGCUACCUGGACGUGACGGACGACAAGUCGCUGUUCUUCUACUUCUUCGAGUCGCGCAACAAGCCCAAGGAGGACCCCGUCCUGAUGUGGAUCAACGGUGGCCCCGGAUGCUCUUCCUCGAUGGGCCUCUUCAUGGAGCUCGGCCCCUGCGCGGUCGCGGACGGCGAGCCCAAGUCUGUCAACGACACAAAGGUCAACCCCUGGUCGUGGAACAAGGAGGCCAACGUCUUCUUCCUCGACGAGCCUGUCGGUGUUGGAUUCUCGACCUUCCGCCAUGGUCAGAUGGUCGACACUGCCGAGAAGGCUGGCCAGGACGUUGCCGCUUUCGUUGAGAUUGAGUUCCAGGGCCGCGACUUCCACAUGGCCGGCGAGUCUUAUGGCGGUCGUUACCUCCCCGUCUUUGCGUCUGCCGUCCACGACAACAACGCCAAGCUCGUCGCUAAGAAGAAGACCCCCGUCAACCUCAAGUCUGUCAUGAUUGGCAAUGGUAUCACCUCGUUCUCUGACACAGACAUUGGCACCUGCGUCGAGCUCGCUGAGAGCAUCCCCCGCUGCCACAAGAUGGCCAAGAAGUCCUGCAUCGACUCGCACGACUACACCGACUGCUCGAUCGCCAUGAGCUACUGCAUGAUUGCCCUCGAGGGCAGCUUCCUCCGCGCCGGUGUCAACCCCUACGAUGUCUCCAAGAAGUGCACCCAGCAGGAGCUCCAGGACUUCCUCUGCUACCCCGAGACCAAGCGUAUUAACAAGUACCUCGACCUCCCCGAGGUCCGCAAGAAGCUCGGUGUUGACAAGAGCGUCGGCGACUUUGCCUCGUGCAACGGCCAGGUCGGUGCUGCCUUCAACCACGCCCUCGACAACACGGGCCAGACCUGGCUUUACGUCACCCAGCUUCUCGAGCGCGGCGUUCUCUGCAACCACAUUGGCAAUGAGAUGUGGAUGGAGGCGCUCCAGUGGACCGGAAAGGAGGGCUUCAACGAGGCCAAGCUCAAGGACUGGAAGGUCAACGACAAGGUCGCGGGCAAGUUCAAGACGUACAAGAACCUCUCGCUCCUCAAGGUCUACGGCGCCGGCCACAUGGUGCCCACAGACCAGCCCGAGAACGCGUACGUCAUGCUCAAGAGCUGGCUCGACGCGGGCAAGAUUGAGUCGGAGUAA